UAGGAGGCUUAUAUUGGUAGUGGAUGACAGCUGUAAACAAGCUGUAGUGAAGCUGAGGCAGCUCCGUUUAGGACAACUAAACGGUCAAAGCGCGGUGAAGAGGAAAAACAGAAGCUCGAAAUGGUGAGGGGUAAAGCCUUGGCCCGCUGUGGGCUGGUUCUGCUGAGUUUGUGGCUGUGUAUCCAGUCAGUGCCUAUCAAUGUGGACAAGACCAAAGAAAAGCCUCACGAGGAGGAGCUGGAGCCACCACAGAGUGCUGAAACUGGGCUGCACUAUGACCGUUACCUCAGGGAAGUCAUUGAGUACCUCGAGAAAGACCCCCACUUUAGAGAGAAGCUCAAAAAUGCCAACAUGGACGACAUCAAGCAAGGCAAACUUUCCAAAGAGCUGGACUUUGUCCAUCACAAUUUUCGGACAAAGUUGGAUGAGUUGAAGAGGGAGGAGAUGAACAGGCUGCGGAUGCUCAUCAAAGCCAAACACGACCUCCAGGGUGGGAAUGGCCGGACAGUGGACCAUCAGGCCCUGCUUAGACAGUUUGAGCACCUCAACCACAUGAACCCAGACACAUUUGAGGUUGAGGACCUGGAUCGCCUCAUCAAAUCGGCGACCAAAGACCUGGAGAACUUUGACAAGGACCGCCACGAUGAGUUCAAGAGAUACGAGAUGAUGAAGGAGCAUGAGAGGAGGGAACGUCUGAAGAACAUGAAUGAGGAGGACCGCAAGAAGGAAGAGCAGCAUUAUGAGGAGAUGAAGAAGAAACACGCCGAACAUCCCAAAGUUAAUCAUCCUGGCAGUGAAGACCAGCUGAAGGAGGUGUGGCAGGAGGCAGAUGGUUUGGACCCAGAAGACUUUGAUCCCAAGACUUUUUUCAAAAUGCACGACAGUAAUGGAGAUGGGUUCUUCGAUGAGACUGAGCUUGAAGCUCUCUUCACUAAAGAGCUGGAGAAGGUGUACAACCCUGAAAAUGAAGAAGACGAUAUGGUUGAGAUGGAAGAGGAGAGACUGCGAAUGAGAGAGCAUGUUAUGAACGAGGUGGACACCAAUAAGGACAGACUCGUGUCACUGAGCGAGUUCAUGGCGGCCACUAAGAAGGAGGAGUUCCUCGAAAAAGACGAGUGGGAGACUCUGGAUCAGAACCCCAUUUACACUGAGGAGGAGCUGAGGGAGUAUGAACGGCAGCUGGCCAACGAGGAGAGCGACAUCAACAAGAAGUCGGCCGAGCUGCAGAAACAGAGGGAGGAGCUCGAAAGGAAACAAGAAGAACUUAACGCUCAGAGGGUGGGGCUACAGCAGGCAGUAGAGGAAAUGGAAAGGCUAAAAGCCCAAAGCGCAAAAGUUGAGGUCAGAGGUGAAGGUGAACCAGCACCUGUCGUUCCAGGAAACAAUCAGCCACUGCCCCCUGGUCACCAGCAGCAAGAUGUACCAGUGCCAGGACACUCUUAGCAGGCCUCACCGCUCUGCGUGUUGUAUGAAUGCCAGUGAGAAUUUGUGUGUGCGUUUGCCUUUCAAUGAUUUCAAUUUUCUCUUAUUGUUUUGGAUUUUCAAAACGCCACUUGACAAAACGAUGCCUAAAUGUUAAGAGCACAUAAGAAAAUGUGAUUUCAGGCUUCAGAUUUAGGGCCCGCUAUGCCAUCCCCCCUGUUGGUCAGGUCGGUCCAUUCGGCCGCAUAAACCAGACUUAAAAUGUGGAGCUGGUCCAGUUUUCGAUGUGGACAAUCGACCCUUUUGUUUUUGUCAUUUUGAUGUUUUUAUCAAAACAAGGACUCUGUUCUCCAUGGGAAGUGCUUAGGGGUGAAAUGGGGAGGGCUUUUGGCCCGAUCAGUGAGUGUUUUGUUUAGUGUACACUGUAGUUCAUUGUCACUGUCUCAACAACUUUGAAUAUUAUUUAUUUUUUCAAGUGAAGAAAGCCUAUUAUUUCAGAGGAAAAUGAAUGUUAUAAAUGCAACUUUAGUUUUUGUAGGACUCUUGGCAAAUGAAUGAAAUGGUCUUAUCUGAAAUGUUUAAUUUUCUUCAUCUUUUCUUAGAAGAGUUAAAAUUCUGUUUUUAUAAGACUUGAACUUGCUUUUCACCAUGUUCAUUUUCACAUUUGUAUUAAGGCCUCAUUUUAAAAUAUAAUACUGCAUUUAGGUUUAAGAAGUCAAUAUUUCCAAUGAUUUAUCCUCCAGCUCUGGUUUUAAAAGUUUUGAAGAGGACUUUAAACUGCACGCAGUUCUCUUCAACAUCAGCCAUCAUUUUCUAAGAGCAGGUUUUUCUAAUAGUUGAGAUCGUGUGAAGUGAAACUCUUCCAUACAUACUGAGCAAAAAAAAAAAACCAACACACACACACACACCAACACAAAAUACAUAUUCCUUCAGUUGUAUUUUCUAGCUAUUGUCUCCUUUAGACCAGAUGAUUGAAGAACAUAUUUACAUAUUUAACAUUUACAUAUGAAGCUACAUAUAUAUUUAAAUAUUUUAAUUUAAUCUAAUUGUGCUGAUGUUAAAGUGACUGUUCACGGUUCUACAGUGGUUGUUUACAGUGUGUGCAUGUGUGUCAGUGAUUGUGAGUGUCUGGGAAUCUGUGUCUUUUUUCGUAACAGAAUAAUUUAGUCUUUACAACACUGUCAAUGAAACAGAGUCACGUGGUCAAUAACUGACUUCAAAACAACCUUAAUUUUAGCCUAAUAAAAAAGAAGAGAGACAGAAUAAGGACACAAAGACAGAUUUUUUUUUUGAGGAAUUGAGGUACAGGUAUAUUUUUAUGUCCCUUUUUAAAAAGCAAAUGUGUCAGCCAUGUCUGUGGAUCCCGGUGUACCUGUCUGCAGGUCUCCUCUUAUUUAUUUUUUUAUGUCUCUUUCUUUAAAGCAGUUAAAUCUGUCCACCACCCAAAGUCCUGUGUAAUAAAUUCAUAAAACCGUUGUACAAGGUUUGAAUGUGGACAAUAAAGUGAAUGAGCUUGCA